AACAAUAACGGUGACGUCACAACGGCAGCCGCGAAAGAGGAACAAUCAGUGUCCGAAACGUCACACCUCGACGGGACGACGCUCAUUGGCUGCAGAAACGGCGUCACCGCCAAAAAUUAAGGGAGGGAGGAAAGGUGGAACACACCAGUCGCCGCCGCACCUGCUUAGUGUGCCCAGAUUCGAGAGAUCGGAAUCACGUGGUUUGCGAUGCUGCGAGGGUUCGCCGUUCGAUUGCCCCGCGUGAGUCGAGUUGCUCCCUCUGUGGAAGCUGGGCUCUUCCCAGCUGCUCGGAGGAGAAGCCGACCGGGUGGUGCUAGAAAAAGGCAGCCCGCUCGAGGUCGCCCCGAGCCUUCUCGCCGCACCAGUGGAGGGAAACUGUGGCGCGCCUUCUCGGAGGACUCAGUUCGUCAAGUGACGGCGCCGGAUCAAGCGGGGAACCUUUGGGACAGUGCGGACAUUGCGCAGCCACUGGAUGCUCCAGGACGCCCAGAAAGCGGCCCAGGAACGAAAGCUUCCAAUGAAUGGGACUCUGGACAACAACAAACAUGCGACCCUAGUGAAAACUGCGGGAGACUCCUCGUCUCCAAUCAAUGAGUUCUUCAAAGACAGAUCAGUCUUUCUCACAGGAGGCACUGGAUUCCUCGGAAAGAUCCUCAUCGAAAAACUACUGAGAUCCUGCCAUGGCUUGAAAAAUGUAUAUAUCUUGUUAAGAGCAAAAGAUGAAUUGGAACCAGCAGAGCGGAUGGAAGAGCUUUUGGACUCUCCAGUAUUUCAAGGCCUCAAGCGAGACAACCCAACAGUGCUUGGCAAGCUUGUGCCGGUCAUUGGAGACAUUUUGUUGCCGGGACUUGGCUUGAGCCAGCCAGACCUCCAAACCUUGAUCGAGAAUGUCACUGUCGUCUACCACUCGGCAGCCUCUGUAAGAUUCGAUGAACCUUUGCGGAAAGCCAUAGAUGUCAAUGUCCUUGGCACCAGGAGGGUUCUGGAGCUGUGCCACAAGCUUAAGAGCAUUGCAGCUUUUGUACAUGUGUCGACCGCCUACUGUUUCUGCAAUAGGGACCAUGUCGAUGAAAUCGUCUACCCCGAGAAGAUUCCCUACCAAAGGGUCAUCGACGUGUCGGAGUGGCUUGAAGAUAAAUUGCAAGAGAAGAUCCUGGGCCAGGUGAUGGGUGGUCGUCCGACAACAUAUCACUACACCAAGGCCCUGGCAGAAAGCCUCCUGGUUCACGAGGGUGGCAACGUUCCCAUAGUCAUUCUCAGGCCUUCCAUCGUCACCUGCAGUGUGAAGGAGCCCAUGUCUGGUUGGGUGGACAACUUCAAUGGCCCGGCUGGGUUUGUCAUUGCGACUGGUAAAGGUGUUCUGCGCAGCAUGGUGAUCCGGCCAAACAGUUCUGCCGACAUCUACCCUGUGGACAUGGUUGCCAACAUGAUGAUCACUUCGUCGUGGCACAUCUGGAAACAGCCACCCAUGAAUGCCCCCUUUGUCAUCAACUGCACUUCUGGCUCAUUUCGUCGGCUCACAUGGCUGCAGAUCUUCCAGUACUCCAAGCCUCUAGUGCUCAAGUACCCCAGCAGUGAGAUAUUUCGCUACCCUGGAGGAAGCUACAAGACGUCUCACUUCUGGCACUCCAUUGCCUGCCAGCUUGAUCACAACUUGCCAGCAUUCAUCGUCGACACGCUAGCACGGAUCUGUGGGCAGAAGCCAUUCCUAGGUGACGUGUACAAGAGGAUCCACCGUGCAAUGGGAAUGCUCGAGUUCUUCGUCACUCACGAGUGGACCUUUGCCGUGGACAACCUUCGUCUGCUCAUGACAAAAUUGGAGGGCAGCGACCGUCAGACCUUUGACUUUGACAUCCGUACCAUUGACUGGGUGCCCUACCUGGAGAACUACAUCCUUGGAGUGCGCAAGUAUGUGCUCAAGGAGGACCCUUCGACCAUCCCUGCUGCUCGCAAGAAGCUCCACAGGAUCUACUAUGUGGGGCUGCUGAGCCAGCUGCUGCUGCUGGCCGGGGCCAUGCGGCUCCUCGUCAAGCACAGCCAGACCUUCAACGACCUCUGGUGGACCCUCCUCUCAAACCUCCUCCAGCUGUCCGUCCGCAUCUCCCUGGCGCUGCGGUCGACGCGCACUUCCUAGACCCUAAUCACCCGAAAGCUUGCGGUGGAAGCUACCUGCUCGUCGAAACCUAUCGCCAGCCUACCUACCCUUCACCGCGUGAUCACGGCCACAUCCACGGGCGCAGAGAGUGGGGGUAGGGCAAUGAAAGGCAGGCGGUUCAUGGCGAAUGCGUAGCUUCCCUCGCAUCGUCGGCUCAAGGGUCCCCUUGCGAGGCUCCAGCCCCCCGUGAAGCCUCACACUACCUCCAGCGUACCUGCUAGGCAACACUAGGCAAUAUGGCGUCCGCAGCUGUGGAAACCACGGCUGCUGCAUCGAGGGGGACUGGCAUUUCAUCCAGGCAGAUGUCCCGGGCACGGAAAAAAAUUUCGUCCGCUGCGGAGCGGAAUUGUUGGAAACUGUACUUUUGCCAAUAAAGAGUGUUACCAUCAGAAUAACCGGUCUGGAGAGCGU